UGCAGCAGCACAAUCAGCUUUAAUGAUGUGUCCGCACACCAGGCCAACGACGGCCUACCAAUGCUGAAAUGACUCACGAAAGAUGAGAAGACUAGCUUUGGCGGCUUGGCUUGCGACGCUGGCAGCACCGCUCCUGCCAGCGACAAAUAGGCCAGCCCUCCGGAGGCCGCGCGCCGCGCCGGUCGACGCGGGAGAUACUUCGGGUGACGAGGGCAUCGAUGACGCCGGCGGCGCCUCCCUCGCCGAAUUACUGAAGCGGGCUGGCGCGACGCGGACCGAAAUCGCCGCCGCGAAAAAGAUCAGUACGGAGAACGCCGAGGUGAUCGAGUAUUUGUUAGAUGAUGCGGGCUUCACGACGCAGGACGUGAGCGAGAUGCUCUCGCUGAAGCCCGCCCUUGCGAAAACCGCAUCGGUGGCGCCGGCGCGCGAGACCGUCGAGUUCCUCAACGCGACUUUUAACCUAAGAAAGUGCGACCUGCGCAAGAUCUUCCGCGAGCAGCCCGGGCUGUUGUUGCCGUCUCCCACGAAUAACGUCAUCCGGGACACGGGCGCGUGCCCCGCGGUCCUGGCGACGGCGUCGGGCGGGCCGGCCGCGGGCCCGCGCCAAGAAACGUCGACGAACGUGUAUGACGUCGUCUACCUGCUCUCCUCAGUAGGAGUAAAACCAAAGAACAUCAAGGAGAUGGUCGUCAGGUGGCCCCAAUUACUUACUUUACCAGUAGCACAAAUGCUGGCGGUGACAGAUUACCUCGGGUCGUUGCAGUUCGAGGGCACGGUCGGGUCUUUAUACAGGCAGCACCCCUGGGUUUUAGCUGCGCCGGUGGGUACGGUGCGACGGGCCGUCGAGGUUUUAGUGGAUGAGAUUGGCGUGCGGAGGCUCGAAAAUGUGGUAAGAGCGUACCCGCGGGCCCUGGUGAAAGGGAGGGACGACCUGCUGGAGCCGGCGCGACUACUGCAGGACGUCGGACUCGAAAGGGAGGACGUGGUCUUGGUUAUUGAGGCGUUUCCCCUAUUAUUUGGCUUGGAGCCUUUGGCGACAAGAGGUGUCCUCGCGUUCUGGCGCGACGAGCUAGGAUUGAAAAAAAAUGACGUGCCGCGCGUCUGCCGCGCGUUCCCUUCGUUGCUGGGCGUGGACGUGCAGAAACAACGGAAAGUCGUGGCCUUCCUGCGGGAGAUCGGGGUGGUCAACGUCGCGCGGUUCGCGACGCGGCUGCCGCCCGUCUUGGCCUAUGACGUGGACGCGGAUUUGCGACCGAAGAUGGCGCACCUCGCGGCGUCGGCCCUGUCGGUCUACGACGUCGUGCGCUUUCCCGCCUACUUCUCCUACCCCUUAGACACGGUCAUCCGCCCGCGCACGGCCUUCCUCGAGUCCUAUGGCCUGCCGCUGACGCGCUUCGAGCUCAAGACGCUCUUCACGCCCGGCGACGCCCAGUUCGCGAAGCGCGUCGUCGGCGCGGCGCCGGCCGAGUACGCUUCCUUUAAAGCCGCGUUCAUGAAGGAGCUCGCGAACCCGACGCCCAAGCCGCGCGGCGGCCUCCUCGCGGCCUUCGUCAAGCCCGAGAUCACGUCGGCGACGGGCAAGGCCUUCCCGACGCUCUCGCCCGGCGCGCCCGACGUCGCCGGCGGCGGCGACAAGCGCAAGCGGCGGCGGCGGCGCGGUAGCGGCGGGCCGCGGACGGCGCCGUAAUUUAUUAACUUAGUC